AGUGCGUGGUCAUGUGGAGGGUGGAGCGGAAUAGUUUGAAGUUUUACCCAGUAGGCUGUUCGGUCUAUAAGUAGGUGGUGCAGCAGGCUGAGUUCAGAACAGAGUUGUUGUGAGUCGAGGCCGGUCGUGCAGAGAUAAAGCUGAGUGUGUGGAUGGAGCAGCCUGUGCUAAACUUUACUUCUUUUUCUUUACUGCUUUGUUAAGAACUUCAAGUGGACUAACUUUCUACAGCAGUUUCUCUAAGAAAACUUAAAUGAUGGCAGACAAAACCAAGGCCUCAUCCAGCAACGAGAGUGAUUCUUACAGCGUGCUUACCUGGGAGCAGGUGAGCCGGCUGGAUGAGGUCCUGACUGAACCAGUACCAGUGCAUGGUCGUGGCAACUUCCCCACACUCGAGGUGCGUCUGAAGGACAUAGUGCAGAUGGUACGCGAUCGGCUUGACCAGAGGGACAUUCAAGUAAAAGACAUCCGUUUAAAUGGCUCUACAGCUAGCCACGUGCUAGUCAAGGACAUUGGCUGGAGUUACAAAGAUCUGGAUAUUAUCUUCAGGGUUGAUCUUCCCAAGGAGACUGACUUUCAGCUGAUAAAAGAUGUUGUGUUGGGCACUUUGUUGGACUUCUUGCCAGAAGGUGUUAACAAGGAGAAGAUCACACACAUGACUCUAAAAGAGGCCUACGUACAGAAGCUGGUUAAAGUGUACACCGAGCAAGACCGCUGGUCCCUUAUCUCUUUGUCCAACAACAACGGUCGCAAUGUAGAGCUCAAGUUCGUGGACUCAAUCCGCAGGCAGUUUGAAUUCAGUGUGGAUUCCUUUCAAAUUAUUCUGGACUCUAUGCUGGUCCAUUAUGAUGUCUCUGAAAAGGUAGUGUCUCAGCAUUUCCACCCCUCUGUGGUAGUGGAGAGCGUUUACGGUGACUUCGCUGUGGCUCUAGAGCACCUCAAAAACAAGCUGAUCGCCACGAAAAGGCCAGAGGAGAUUCGUGGAGGUGGAUUGUUAAAAUAUUGUAACCUCCUGGUGAGAGACUUCAGGCCCACAGAUGAAGAAGAGUUCAAAGCAUUAGAGCGGUACAUGUGCUCUCGCUUUUUCAUCGAUUUUCCUGACAUCGGUGAGCAGCAGAGAAAACUUGAGGCCUACCUGCAGAGUCACUUUGUAGGUGAGGAGAAGAGCAAGUAUGACUACCUUCUAAUCUUGAGGAGAGUUGUCAACGAGAGCACAGUCUGCCUCAUGAACCACGAGAGGAAACAGACACUUGACCUUAUAUCAUUCACAGCUUUUCGAGUGCUCGCAGAACAGAACGCCAUACCUGAUGCAUCAAAUGUGACCUGUUACUACCAGCCAGCACCUUAUGUCAGAGACCUAAACUUCAGUAAUUACUAUGUGGCCUCAUGUAACCAGUCCAUUCCUACCUGGCUGCAGUGUAAAUGAGACACUCGACAGAUGCUUUAUUAAUAAAAAAACGGACUAGUUGGGCAUAAAUCGUAUUUCCCCAUGGGGACAUAAAUGAUAUAUUUAAAGACAAA